AUGUCAAGCAACACGCUUUUAAUUUGCAAUGCCUCCACCGAGGAAUUGGCGGCCAUUGCCAACCAGCUCACGGAGAGUCGCACCAGCAACCAGCUGGCUCAAGCUGUCCAUCUCAAGUCUUUUGCGCGCGUGCUGGCGAUUUUCGCCACGGCAACAGCAGCUACUCAUGAAAUGAGCCGCCUCAAGCACCAGUAUCCUGAUUCGACGGUUGUUUUCGGCGAGUAUACCAACCUUCAUGCCCAGCCCAAGUACCUGGCCUUGCCGGAUGCCGGAACGCUGUGGUUUACGAGCCCCCCAUUAAGCCCCGAAGAGACAUGGGAGCAGACCAUGGAGGAGGAGCCCAACAAGCAGUCGCACUCUGAUGCUGAUUUCACCAGAACGCUGGCGGCGGCUCUGCAAAAGGUUCGCGACCAUGCAGCUGUCAUGCACGACCCCGAGACCACCCACUCAUGCACUAUUUACCAAAGCCCUACAGAGUCGCUACCAAACAUCAAAAUCGACUGGGAAAACUGUGAAGCUCCAAGCCUGGCGUCCCACAAAGAGUAUCCGCACACGACGAUGCCGGCAAUGGAUCAAAUAGAUUAA